UUCCGCCGCGCCGCCUCCCCGCGGGGAGGAAACAAAGGGGGCUCGGCGCGCGGAGCCCGGUCGAGGGCGGAGUGGCUGGCGGGCUGGCGCGCCGGGCUCGCUAGGUUUGUUCCGGCGAGGGGGCCAGUCGGGGCAGCCCAGAAGCGAGAAGCGGGAGGACUGCGUGCUCGCGCAUCCUGCGGCCUAGCGGCGAGGGGCGUCGUCUGCGCGCGCAACGGAGGGCAGUGCGCCGGCGCGGCGUGUCCGGUCCGCGAGCUCCGAGCGGGGUGCAGCGGGGCGGGGCCCGGCCCCUCCUGCGGCGGUGAGGGCAGGUGCGGCGGCCCAGGCGGUUAGGGCUCGGGGGCGGAGAGGAUGGAGCCCCCGAGGCGUUAGCUGACUGUCAGCUGUGGGCGUGCAGCCGUUGCUUCCUGGUGCGGCCCGUGUGAUGGUGCCGGGAGGAAGGAAGCGCCGUGACAGCGCCUUGGUCGGAGCCCGGGUUCCGUGGGUGAGGUGGCCCGGGGACGACGGAUCUGGCGAGCUGGCCGCUGGCUGGGCGAGCGGUCACAAUAGGAGGCAGCGGAUCGGCGAGGAGCCGCGGGAGCAGCUUCGCAGGGCGGAGCCUCCCCUCGCAGAUAUCUCCCGGGGCCAAUUCAGCACCUCUUCCUGGCCAUCCUAACAAGGUGAUUUGUGAAAGGGUGAGACUUCAGAGCCUGUUCCCUCUCCUCCCAAGUGAUCAGAACACUACCAUUCAAGAGGAUGCUCACUUCAAAGCUUUCUUCCAGAGUGAAGAUAGUCCGAGUCCCAAGAGACAGCGCCUCUCUCAUUCAGUCUUUGAUUAUACAUCAGCAUCACCAGCUCCCUCACCACCAAUGCGACCAUGGGAGAUGACAUCAAAUAGGCAGCCCCCUUCAGUUCGACCAAGCCAACAUCACUUCUCAGGGGAACGAUGCAACACACCUGCACGCAACAGAAGGAGUCCUCCUGUCAGGCGCCAGAGAGGAAGAAGGGAUCGUCUGUCUCGACAUAAUUCCAUUAGUCAAGAUGAAAACUAUCACCAUCUCCCUUAUGCACAGCAGCAAGCAAUAGAGGAACCUCGAGCCUUCCACCCUCCAAAUGUGUCUCCCCGUCUGUUACACCCUGCUGCUCAUCCACCCCAGCAGAAUGCAGUAAUGGUUGACAUACAUGAUCAGCUCCAUCAGGGCACCGUUCCCGUUUCUUACACAGUAACGACAGUGGCACCACAUGGGAUUCCACUCUGCACAGGCCAGCAUAUCCCUGCUUGCAGUACACAGCAGGUCCCAGGAUGCUCUGUGGUUUUCAGUGGACAGCACCUCCCCGUCUGUAGUGUGCCUCCUCCAAUGCUUCAAGCAUGUUCAGUUCAGCACUUACCAGUACCAUAUGCUGCGUUCCCACCCCUUAUUUCUAGUGAUCCAUUUCUCUUACAUCCUCCUCACCUUUCUCCCCAUCAUCCUCCUCAUUUGCCACCACCGGGCCAGUUUGUCCCUUUCCAAACACAGCAAUCACGAUCGCCUCUGCAAAGGAUAGAAAAUGAAGUGGAACUCUUAGGAGAACAUCUUCCAGUAGGAGGUUUUACUUACCCUCCAUCAGCCCACCCCCCAACCUUACCUCCGUCAGCUCCUCUGCAGUUCUUAGCACAUGAUCCUUUGCAUCAGGAGGUGUCCUUUGGAGUUCCUUAUCCUCCGUUUGUGCCUCGGAGGCUCACAGGACGUAAUAGAUAUCGAUCCCAGCAACCAAUGCCACCUCCCCCUUAUCAUCCCAGCUUACUACCAUAUGUGUUAUCAAUGCUCCCAGUGCCACCUGCAGUGGGCCCAACUUUCAGCUUUGAAUUGGAUGUGGAAGAUGGAGAAGUAGAAAAUUACGAGGCCCUUUUAAACCUGGCAGAGCGACUGGGAGAGGCUAAGCCUCGAGGGCUGACGAAAGCAGAUAUUGAACAGCUUCCUUCUUACCGCUUCAAUCCUAACAACCACCAGUCAGAACAGACUUUGUGUGUAGUGUGCAUGUGUGAUUUUGAGUCGAGGCAGCUACUUAGAGUUUUACCCUGUAACCACGAGUUCCAUGCCAAGUGUGUCGACAAAUGGCUCAAGGCAAAUCGUACUUGCCCAAUUUGCCGAGCUGAUGCUUCAGAAGUGCAUCGGGAUUCAGAAUGACCAACCUAAGAGCACAAAUUUAGUUUGGGUGUUCCUCAUCACCUGUAUAUAUGGACUAUCCAUUGAACUUAAUCUGUGUGGCUUCCAGCCCCCCCUUUACCAAAAGGGUCAACGGACCUUUCUUUGCACUGUGUGACUUAAUCAACUAUAAAAGCUUACAGUUAGUCUUCACAAUUAUGGGAUUGUUAUACUAACCGUGUGAUUGGAACUCCAAAGACUUUUUCUUUAGCUUAAUUUUGUGUGUGCACUAACAUUCCCUGGUUUUGUGUGAUCAUUCCGAGUGUUGCUGCAAGAUUACAGUGGACAUGAUCUUUUAGCAUGUGCUUUUAUAAAAAGUGGUAGCUCCAGAUGACAUAGCAAUCUACCUUAUAUAGAGCCUUCAGAAACUGUGAGUGGAAAUGAAUGCAGCGUAUGACUCUUGGUGAUAAAUGUAUCUGUGUGUGUGAGAGAGUGUGUGCAACUACUUGUGUGAGGGCAUGGUAGCUAAUGUGUGUAUGAGAUCCUAUAUACCAGCAUGUACCAAGAAUGUGUGUGUAGUUUUAAUUAUGCUGCAUUGUAUAAUCUGGUGUGUUAUUUAAACAGCACUAGUACUGUACACUGGUUUUUUCCUUGUGUUUGCUGUUGCACACUGAUUGCUAAGGGUGCAUCAAUUAUAAGCAUUGAGUACUCCAUCCCCUUCCCUCCCAAUGAAUGGAAUGAGAAAAGCCUUCUUCCUUUGCUUCAGGCAGCUGUCACCUUCUCUUCAUUGGUGGUCCCAAGAGGGUCACUUAGGAAAAAAAGUGUAACAGAUUCUCACUCCAUGAAACUGAUUUUUUUAUUUUGUUGUGAAAAAGAAAUUUUUAAAUCUUCAACUUGCUGUUUCCAAAAAGAAGGUGCAAUAUCAUACAUCAUCAGUUAGCAAUAUUAGCAUUUCAGUCAAUGAUUUGAAUGUUGAUACUUUCUUAGUUUUUUCUUUACAUUUCCAGUAAGCUUCUUAGAGGAAGUAUUCUUGAUUUUGUGUGUGUGUUUUUAAAUUUGUGUUCUAUUCUGAAGAUAUUUGAGUAAUAUAUUUCUACGAAUACCGCUGGUCCCAUGAGGUCUCACCCCCUGACUUCCACCAGAACAAACUGUCAACUAACGCAGCUUGGCUUCUGCUCUGUGUCCUUUGUUCCAGCGCCCACAGACAACUAAAUCGUUUGAAGAAAACUGUAUUUCUCUUCGUGUUAAUUCACCUGCCAACCUCUGAUUCUGAAAGUUGUCUAGUCCUUCUUUCCUCAGUAAAUGUGCUUCUCAUCGAAACCCUCGUUUCCAGGAUGGAUCAAGUGCUGUGACCUCUCAAGUUUCUUAGACCUGAUGUGCUUUGAUGUUUUAUUGCUUUUCUUUUUAAUUUUUGUUUGAAUGAGAUAAAAUUUAAUAUAACAGGUGUCCAGAAUACUUGCAGUAUAAAUGAAGAUUUGAUUUUUGUAUAAAAAAUAAUGCUGUAAAACAGGAAUUGACCUUCAUUUAGUUGAUCUGAAAUAAGACAUAGCUAUGUGGGGGUUUUUUUUGGAGCAUAAUUCAGAUUGUUUAAGGUCAUUUUUCCAGCAGUAUUUCAAUUCCUCUCUCAGUUUUUUGGUGUAUUCAACAUUCUCUGCCUCUCCUGCAGUUGAUGUCGUUGCUCUGUCUGCAGUAGCACAAGCUGCGGAAUUCCAGUCAGGACGGUGAUAACUUGCUGCAGCCUCACUCAGCUUUCAGUUGGCCUUCUGUCAGCCCUCUGCUCUGACAGUCAGCCACUUGUUACUGCCGUGCUGCUUGCCUGCCCCUGAAGUCUCUGUGAGCUCAUCACAGCUUAGAGUUCAGUAGUCAAUUCACACAGAAGCACAAUUUUGCCCUUCCCAGACACUGUUGCCUCUAUUUAGUCAUACGAAUAGGAUUUUGCAUACUUUUUGUUUGCCCCUAUAUUUGUCGGUGCAUCAGAAAAAUCUAAACAGUGGUGAAAUACACGUUACUUUUAAAUCUUUAGGAUAGCUCUCACUUGUUCCUGAUGAGUAAAAAAAAUAAUUUUGGUUAAAGACCAAAAUUAUUGGCAUAAUAAUCAGCUACAUUACAAAUCACGUAUAGUUUAAUCUGUAUUUUUUUAAAUUAAAAAAUCAUGUUUAAAAUGGCAAAAACCCAUCUUAUACAUAGGCUCUUUUAUAUAGUUGCAAAAAAUUUAUAUCUGUACAGAUCUAACAUAACACUACUACACUCAGUAUUCAUUUUAUUGAAGCAUGCAAGUACAGCACUUUCUCUAAUUUAUAUAGAUACCUAAUUAGUAAGGCACAUUUUACUAAUGACUAGGAAGAGUAGCUCUUUCUUCCCUCCCUCUGACAUUGAGUUCUAAACAUAGUAUCCCUUUUCCAGUAAAUUUUUGAGAGGCAGUGGGCAGUUUAGGAGGCAGCAGGGUCUAUUUUGGUGAAAUCUUGAAUGAAUUGUUGCACUCCUGUGACUGAUCUCUUUGGAACGUCUUUUCUUUGCCUGGGGCUCUUAGAGAUGUGUGCAGACUUGCUCAUUAAGUGGUUAGUACGUAUUAGGAGCACACAUGCCUGUGUUCUGAACAGCUCAGCCUAACCACAGUGAGCAACUUGUGGCUAGCAGAAGAGAAAGAACAUUUGAUUCGUGCCCGACUCUUGUCACCUGGAUGAUGCACCAGAUAGCAGGCAGAUGCUGGUUUGUUGCCUUCUUCCUCUUUCCUCCUAGAAUAAUAUCGACUUUACCAUCUUAACUCUGCUGUGGGGUUUGUUUAGGGGAGGGGGUUGCAUGGAUUAUUAUCUUUGAUUUUUCUUUUUUAGCCACUCCCUCCCCCCCCCCCCCAGCAAAAAAAGAACAAAACAAAAAACAAGUCCAGGCCUCCAGGUAUCCAGAUCUCAUUAGGAUUUUUCUGUCCUGAAUUUUUUUGAGCAAAAUCUAGAAAAUGUGAAAGCAUAUUUAGAUUUUAUAUACUCUCUGAAAUGUGAUUUGUUAAGAUUGUUAAAUUUGGGCCUCUUACAAUAUAUUGAAUGAGAUCUAUCAACUCACUUAUGACAACAUUUUUCACAGAUAUCUUUAGGCCUUCAUUAGAAAGCGAUUUCCCCCUGUUGGUAUAUUUGGUUACCUCAUUUUGCUGUUUGUUUCAAAUUAUGAAAGCUCACAGGGGUGUUUUUUGGAAUCAUUUGCUGAGUCAUUUCCUCAAAUCAUAUUCCAUUGUAUCAGUUAACAUAUAGUUUUAAAUGUACGUAUUAUAAAUAUCUGUAACCAAAUCAUUUGAAGGCUUGAUAAAUUUUUAACAAAGUUUGUACAUUUUUUAUGAAAGUUACUAGUAAUGCUUUACAAAGUAGUGCAAUGAAUUUUUAUUUUUAAUCCCUGUGCCCAAUUUUGGAGUUGAGAGGGUUGUUGGUAAUAAAUGUAUGAUGUACACUUAAAACAUUUUGUUGUGCUUCAUAUUACUGUGUUAGCCAGGGGCAGGGGCUCUGUGUUCCUGGACGGGGACUUCAGGGGACUCCAGCAGCAAGAUAGAGCUGUUAAGCUACCAGCUGCCAGAUUUAAUUUUUAGACUAUAGUUCAGAUUUUGUUUCUGCAUUUACAUAAACAUCUUAGAAACACAAAAGCAGCUAGCAUUAUAACGUGGUGCAUAUUUAUAACCUUUAAAAAAGCCAAGAAGACUGCUGAGUGUAGCCACACACAUAGCAUAAGGUCAUCGAACAGUAGAGAUACAUAAGUAGGUAACUAGGUUUCUUUCUAUAUAUGUUAACGGUAAGAUGCAGGAAAUAAGAUUACAGUAGACAAAUUGGGCACAUUUGUCCACCUUAGCUGCAGCUUACAUCCAACUUAUUGUCAAUAUGGAAAGAAGAGCCUCUGCUUGUCGUUUUCCAUACAUGUUUGUGUAAUUGCUUUCCUUUGACUAUAAAAGGAAGAAAAUAAAAGCAAUCUACUUAGAUAUAUACUGACUGUGUUACUUGAGAAGGAAAGUAGAAACAAAAUACAAAAAAUUGCAGUUGAGUAAUAGAUCCCAAUUCUCUCCCUUCUUUCAAGCAGCAGUCAUUCUUUGGCUUAAAGGAAGGUGAUGCCCUCGGACUGUCUGCAGUACUUAACUGAUAAGCAUUCAGAAAAGUGACCAAGUCCUGAUGUCCUUGUUGGAAAGAAGGUGGACUGUGAAUGUCUCAAGAAGCCUGAAGCUUGUGCUGUCUUAUGGCAGAGGCAUUCGCUGCUCGUGCUCUCACAUACCCAUGCACCUGGCCACGUCGCCCUACUUACAGGAAGGCAGCGAGGCCCAUGCGCCUGCUUCUGACCAGAGCCCACCAAGCAUAGGCCAUGUGGGAGCAUUUAAAAGCCAGCUCUUUUUCCCUCUGCCAUGUUGAUAGCACCCCUGGGUUCUGAGUCACUACCUGGAAGAGAGCUGUCCUAGAAAGCCGUUGGACUCUCAGCAGAUGUUCUGUGAGUGAAAGAGGUCCUUAAAAAAGAUGUGAAAUGUAGACUCUAUUAGGACUUUGUCUUUGCCCAUUUAUUUCUCCCUUUUUACACGUGUUUUUUUAAUCUUAUUCUUACUAUACUUGAUAAUACUGAACCUCAGGCAUAUCAGUUGUGCCAAUUAAACAUCACUGGCUACAAUUAUUAAUAGAUCACAAGAUCUGGUUUGCACUAGAGGAUAAGAUUCUUAUGAAUGUUGUGGUCAGAUGUCUACCAAGUGUUUCAGGUCUUUUCUGUGCUUCAGGCUUCUAAUGAACUGUAUAGACAGUGCUGUCCAAUAGAAAUGUAAUAAGCCACAUAGAUAAUUUUUAAAAUUUUAGUAGCCACAUGAAAAAGUAAAAGCAAAGUUGAAAUAUUUUUUAAUGUCUUCAACCUAACAUACUGCAAAUAUUUCAAUGUGAUCAGUAUGAAAAAUUACUAAAGAGAUAAUUUUCUGUUUUCUCAUACCAAGUCUUUGAAAUCCAGUGUAUAAAUUACAUUUACAGUACAUCUCAAUUUGGACUAGCCGCAUUUCAAAUGCUCAAAAAGCCACAAGUGGAUGGUGGCCACCAUGUUGGAUGGAACAGGGCUAGACUGGGACUAUACCAGGUUUUCUGGUUUCCAAAGAAUUGAACGUUACUUUUGAUACCCCAAAACUUGUUAAUUUUACCAUUGCAUCCCUUAAUAAACUAUAGUAUAAUUAGAAAUGUUUUACUCUUUGUAUAGUUAAAUGUAACUUUUGUUGCUGUAUUCAAUACAUAAAUAAUAAAUGCGUAAAAAGCA